AUGUCCCAUGCUGCAGACCAAGAAAUGGAAAAGGAGGCUAUUCGCGCCAUAUACCCGGAAGGCUUUGUCGAUCUUGCCCCAUAUGAGUACAUCUUUCAGUUUCCCGUGCCCGGCUUCGGCGAUGCAUUCAUAAGGCUCCAUAUCCAAUAUCCUCCGGAGUAUCCAGAAGCACCCGCCAACAUCUGCUCUUGUGAGGCUAUCAACCUCCACCAGUCUGCCUCUAGCAAGGUGAUUCAAGCAAUAAAUAGUCGACACAUGGAGCUGGCCGGAGAGCCAUACAUCGCAGCUCUGUCCAUGUUGGUUGAGGAUGCUCUAGGUCUUCAAACUGAUGAGGAUACAGAGGCAUGCCCCACUCCCUCCGCUGCCAACUUACCAAGUGAAGAGGAGUUCAACCCUGGCUUACUUCCUGGGCCUCCUCUUACAGCAGAAAAUUUCAAGGAGUGGUGGACUACCUUUUGCGUAGAGAAUAACAUAUCAUUGGAAGACGUCGAUGAGCAGUGUGCGCGACCAACCGGACGGCAGAUCUGGGAGGAGAUGGAACGGGGCGGUGCACCUAUGACUACUGUGUGA